CAUGAUCGUCAAGUAAAAUAAGCAGUGCAAUGGAAGACGUGAAGGCGUUCGUGGUUGUUCAUCUUAAGGAGAUAUGUGUGGCUACUGUUAUCGGAAUUACUGUCAUAGCUGUGUAUAGGAGGUGCAAGAAGAAAAUUAAGAAAACUUAUCCAAAAGACACAGUAAUUCACCACACAAUACCAAGAGGUCCAUUUGCUCCUAGUCUAACUCCGUUUGCUGUAAAACUGGAGACGUAUUUGAGGAUGGCAAAAAUUCCAUAUCAGAAUGAAUUCGACAGUGCUUUCAACAGAAGUUCCAAGGGAAAGUUGACGUGGAUUGAAUACAAUGGAGAGAAGGUGGCAGAUUCAGAAUUUUGUAUCAAGUUCAUUAAUAAAACACUCAACAUAGAUCUGGACAAAGAACUCACAGAUGAAGAAAAGGCCAUAGCUUAUUCUUUUCAAAAAGUGGCUGAGGAGUAUUUCUUCUGGGCACUAUUUCUACAACGUUAUGUGCACGACGAAGGAGAAGAAUUUUUUAAAUAUGUCAAAGUUCCUUGGAUAAUCAGAAUAAUUGGGAAACGUCGCGCAAAAGAACAAACCCAUGCGCAAGGAAUAGGUCGCCAUUCUCAAGAGGAGGUCCAGACACUCAUUAUUGAAUGCCUUCAGCACUUCUCUUCUUUCUUAGGAAAGAAAAAGUUUUUGCUCGGAGAGAAGGCUUGUCAGGCGGACUGUGCUGUAUUUGGAAUUCUAUCCCAGGGUUAUUGGCAUGGAUUUGGUCCAUUUGUAGAAGAGGAAUUCAAAAAGUUCGAAAAUCUCUGUAAUUACUGUAAGAGGAUGAAGGCAGAAUUCUGGCCAGAUUGGGAUGACUGUAUUACACACGGUGGGAUAAAGAAGGCCACUAAAUGAAGGCGAAAGAUAGAGAUUGAGAGAAAUUUGUUUACAUAAUUUUUCUAACCAUGACACAAAAUUCACAUAUGAGUCAUUCAUCGUCCACACGGAAUAAUGCACAGUUCCAACAAAGGAGCAAGAUUCUGAACCAUAGUCCUAAGUGUCCUAAAUUUCAUAUUUAAAGUAGAUAGGGAAGAUCUGAAGAAUUUUAAAGAAUGCAGAUUUUUUCCCCUACGUUACAAGUAGAUGAUUUAUAUCAUUUUUUUUUUAAAUAUAUGUCCAGUGUUUCAAAAAAAAUUGGUAAAAAUGUGAAAGUUUACGAAAUUUUUAAAAGUUUUCUAAAUUUAUUCAAUAUUUUCACAAUGUUGUUUUUCAUUGUUUGCCUGUCCAUCUUUCCAUAGACAACGAAUAGAAUACUGGAAUAUAGGAAACUAGACCUGCUAUUCCAUAUUUCCGUAUGGUUGCAAUGACAAUAUAGACAGUGUUAGAAAUCUUAAAUUUCAAGUCCACAGUGUAACAACAUGAAUGUGAUGGGACGUUUUAACAAAACGCAGAGACGUACUAAGUCAUGGACAUCGGUCUUACAAUAAUCCUUCAGAUUUUUUUUGAUGUAUCUUUUGAAUCACUUCUUCCUUAGUAGGUCUGCAUCAUAUAUGUACCAAACUUUGAAAGCUUUAUAUGGUCUAUUUGAAAAGGCUACAGAAAGUCUGUACUUAGAUUCUUCAACAUGCACCAGAAUAAAGGCUGGUUUUCGUGAUUGUGGAUGAUUCCAAUCAUAGGCAUCUUUAAGCCUCCAAAUUAAGUCUAAGUCAAGACAUCUGUCUGUUCCUUAAAGUUUUUUGAACUUAUAUGUCCCAUCCUCUACAGCUAUAGUCCUACUGGACACGUCAUUACGAUGAUGUGAAUAUAGUUAAAGGCCUUGGAACUUUUCCGGGAUAAUUUACACACCGGAUAAUCAUCUUCAACUCGAGACACACCCAGUCACGAGCCUACAACUUACAGGCGCCCUAGGGGACAAGGAACAUUUCGUGGAAUGAGGCACCGAAAUUAUAAGCCUUAUUUAAAUAAUUAAAGUUAUCAAACCAAGUAUAGCUCCAGGCACGUAGCAUCGGGGGGGGGGGGGACAGUUUUUUUUCCAAACAUAGCAUUUUACUAUUGAAAAUGUUCGUGAAAGGCCUGACCACCCCCCCCCCCUCACUUUUCAUUGCAGCAGGGGUCUAAUUGGCGACUUAUUUAGUCGCCAUGGCGCCUAAAAAUUAUGUUUGGCGCCUAAAAUUUUUCUAUUAGUCGCCAAAUUGGCGACCAUUUUAAAUUGACUUGAUGAUCGUCAAAUUACUGAGCUAUAAAUAUUUUCAAUUUUUUAUUAUGAGAAAAAAGAAGUUUAAAAGUUAGCAAUAGACUUAACUCUAUAUAUUCACUAAUAUCAGUUUUUAAAUUAAAGCUUCAGGGAAAAUUUACCUGGAGACUAAAAAUUUGCAUUGGCGACUAAUAAUUUUUGAUUAGAAGCCAGUUGGCGCCUAGAUUUUAAAGGUCACAUAAAGGCCUGCGCAGUAUAGUCAAAAAAGGGUAGUUUAGUAGUGUAUAUAUAAAAUUUGGUACUGAAAGAAGUUGGAACCUGUCGCAUUAUGCAAUUCAUCUCAUUAAGGAAAAAUACGAUUUUUGUAUUGUUUUUAUGGACUCUUAAUUGAACUUAUUUAAUGUCAUUGUUCUAUCAUAUUAGCCUGUUUACACUGUUUUUCAACAUGAUUAAAUCUGUGUAUUUGCUCCAA